AUGCCCUCCAAUGCUGAAAGCGGGCUCCAGCCGAACCAGGAAAGACCCCAUACCCUGUAUGUGGGUCCUUCGGGGUUCAACGUGUCCUGGCCGGUGGGGGACAAGAACAUCUCCUACACCAUCCCAUCAGAGACUUGGUGGCCUUGGUGUGACUAUUGGAAGGAUCCUCAACACAUCCUCUACCAGCUGGCGAAUUUUUGUUUCGUCCUAGCCUAUUCGUCAACAUGUUCCAAGAGAGGUGUACUCUUCAUGCACUGUUGGCUGAUAUUAGGCUUGAUGCUGUUCUCCACAUGGGCAUGGAACAUCAUCUGUGCCCCCGACGUGUUCACUUGGAACUUCGCCUUCAUGCUGAUGAACAUGGCUCAAGUUUUCCACAUCCUCUACCAGCUAAGACCGGUCAAGUUCGAUCCUGAGCUGGAGGAGGUUUACCAUACCCUCUUUGAACCCUUUAAACUUACCAGGUUGCAGUUUAAGAGGAUGGUGAGCUCGGACUUUGCUCAGAUCAUGUCGCUGCACGCCGGGGAGGCGUACGCUGUGCAAAACUUGACAAGGACGGAUAGGUUGGGCCUGUUGCUGUCAGGUAAGGUGAACGUCCUUUCGAACAACCAGUUCCUGCACCCCAUCCUCCCUUGCGAAUUCCUGGAUUCUCCAGAAUUUGAGUCCAGCAGAAACACGGUAGAUGACAAAUUUAAGGUGUCGAUAGUAGCAUCCAGUACGUGCAGGUACCUCUACUGGCAACGUUCAUCUUUGGAGUACCUCUUCGUCAAGGACACCUACAUAGCCACGGUGCUGACGACCAUCAUCGCCAGGGACAUUGCCACGAAACUCUACGCGAUGAAUAAUAAGAUUGUGACUGCCAAAGGUUCGCAUCUAGACAUAAGGCUGCCCAGCAUUACUUCCUCUCUGACUUCUGGUGGAGAAUACAAGUCACCCAUUCGUACAAAGAAAGCCAAUGGAGGCGUGUGCAUGUCCCCAGAAACAUUUUCCAACGAGUCCCGACACAGGUACCGCGAAAACGGCAACAUCUCCCAGAACUGCUACCUCAGCGAGAUGGAGCCGCUCACCGAGCUGCCCUCCACCGACGACUUGACCUCCAACGACGUGGAGAGCUGGCUGGAGACGAGCUCCAAGUACCACAGCUGCGAAAUUGUGGACAUGGAAGCACUGCUGUCGAUCGGCUACUUCUUCCUGACGAUCUGGGGUGGCGUGGAGGUGUGCGCCCCCGACAUCCUGCUGUGGAACCUGGUGAUAGUCCUGCUGAACGUCACCCACACGGCUCUGCUGACGUGGAAGUUUCUACCGCCGACGCUCACUUUAGAGCUGACGGAUUUGUACCUUAAGAUGUUCAAACCCCUUCGGGUCAGCAAGAAGCACUUCAAGGAGUUGGUGAAGGAAGCGAAGGUCAUGAACUUAGAACAGGGCGACAUCUACGCCGUAGAAGAUGUCAGCCCGGCUGACGAAAGGCUGUCAAUAUUGCUCAAAGGAAGAUUGCGCGUAACCUGUGACGACACGCACCUGCACUUCAUCGGCACCCACCAGUUCGUGGAUUCGCCCGAGUGGGAGGCCAACCACGAGCAAUCGGACGACGUGUUCCAAGUGACAAUCACCGCCGAAGAGGACAGCGUGUACCUCUGCUGGCCCAGGAUGAAGCUGGAGAGGGUGCUUAGGCACAGGCCUAUGCUCAAGGUCGUGCUGGACUCUAUUAUAGGUAAAGACAUAACGCAGAAGCUGUACGCCCUCAACGAACAUCUCAGCGGGUUGAGCGACGAGAGGGAACGGGGCAAAAGGAACCGGAUAUGGGCGAAGACCCACAACCGUAGCAUGUCCAUGGACGCAGUCAACACGGGCACCACCGGCUUGGUUAGGUCCCAGUCGUAUAAGUCUACGCACAGGAAUAAUUCCAGUCGAGCAGAUCGUUCCCUGGGCAAGCUGGAGACCCAGUGCUGGGUCCCCCUGGUGGCCAAGCAGUUCCCCGCCAAGUCGCCCUUCAACCCCCAGAACUCGUCGGCCAGCCUGCGCGUCCCCGACGUCCACACCACCCCGCAGAGGAGCCGGUCCCUGCGCAAGGCCAACCGCGAGGUGAAGUUUGAGACAACGCAGCAGAAAUAG